AUGGGGAGGAUGAAGGAUGGAGAUGGGGGAGUCAACAAAGUUUCAGACAACUUAAAGCUUCAUAACAUCAUUUGUGCCAAACUAAUCUGUCUCCUCCGCUGCGCCACAGGAAACGGUUACAUCGAAGGGAAGGAGCUGGAGAACUUCUUCAAAGAGCUGGAGUCUGCGAGACGAGGAUCAGGCGUGGAUCCUUCACAUGCUGCGUUCAAAGAAAAGAUGAAGGAGUUCAUGGCCAAUUUUGACAAGAACGCUGAUGGGAGGAUUGAAAUGUCUGAGCUGGCUCAGAUUCUGCCCACAGAGGAAAACUUCCUGCUCUGUUUCAGAGAGUUUGUGGGAUCCAGCACUCAAUUCAUGGCUGCCUGGAGGAGGUAUGACACCGACCGCAGCGGAUACAUCGAAUCUAACGAGCUGAAGGGUUUCCUGUCAGACCUGCUGAAGAAGGCCAACAGAAACUACGAUGACAAGAAGCUCAAGGAGUACACACAGACGAUCCUAAGGAUGUUUGAUCUGAAUGGUGAUGGUAAGCUGGGCCUCUCUGAGAUGGCGAGGCUCUUGCCGGUGCAGGAAAAUUUCCUGCUGAAGUUCCAGGGCAUCAGGCUCACGGUGAAGGAAUUUGACUCCCUCUUCACCUUCUAUGACAAGGACGGUAAUGGGUAUAUUGACGAGCAGGAGCUGGAUGCUUUGCUGAAGGACCUCUGUGACAAGAACAAAAUGGACGUGGGGUCAACAGGACUCGGCGGGUACAAGAAGAGCAUCAUGGCUCUGUCCGACGGAGGGAAACUGUACCGCGCCGAGCUGGAGAUCGUCCUCUGUCGGGACUCUGAGCUGUGACCUCCUUGCCUAGGACCCUGCUGCCACCCCACUAUCCCUCUUCAUCAUCUUCUCCUUCCUACCUCCUGGUGUAACCUGGUGCAUGUGUGACCUUUAACCUCGCUUCACCACUUAGAGUGCUCCUGAAAGCACAAAGCGUUCUGCUGACCCUGCUGUUUUAGCUUUGUACCCCUCUGACUUGUUUCUUGUUUUCACCUUUACAUGCAUAGUGAGAUAGCCAUAGAGGAAUAUACUGUAUAACUAUAUUUAUUUAUUUAUUUGACUUUUCGUUUUGAAUAUGUAUUCGUAUUUUUGCAUUCAUGUCAUAUCUAUUUCUUCUUCUCCCACCCAAUUUAAAAUGGAAACUUUUGUUCUGUAGUAUUUAUUUGAUUUAUUUCUAUUAAAUUUAACAUGGACUUAUUUUAUUUGAUAAGGCUUGAACUGCUCUAUUAAAGAUAUAACUGAAAGAUGAA